AUAUAGUUUGAGCAAUUGGUCUCAUCGUUUUUAAUGCCGAACAGGUAACACCUACUACAAGAUUAUAAACCCUAUAGAUUUCAACAGAUUCUGUGACAGAACGAAUGUUUAUAAGAGAUUGGUGAACAAUUGUAUAUGGAAGGAAUCAAGUUAUAACCAGCACUUGGGAAAUGCUAAGGAAAUCUACAUACAUGCAUAUAAAAUGAAGAUGCCAGACGACACACGGUGAUCUAAACACGUUGCGGAAAUGUUUAAGUUAUAAAAUGACAAAACAAAAAACUUGUUGUUCAAACAAAAAAAAAGAAGACGAAACAAUAAACUCGUUAAUAUGAACAUAGAAACUGAUGAAAUAGAAACUGUGAUAAGACGAAUGAAUUGAAGUAUAAUUACAAAAUAAAAUGAACUCUUCCCAUUUUUUAUCAAAAAUUUGUUGUGAAUUUUUUUUUUUUUGGAUUUUAUAUGUUUUUAUGAAGUUUGACAAACUAUUUAUUCAACUGCUUUCAAAGUGACUAAAUUAUUAUUUUUAUAAAAUGUCGUGGAAUAACAAAUUCACAUAUGGAUUUACUAUUUUUGACAGAAUUAUUGUUCUAUUAGUUUCAAAAACAAAAUCUUUAAAAAACAUUAUAAUACAAUUCUGAUAAAAAAAAAGAAUGAGUGAUGAUUUUCUAUAUUUCAUUUAUUUUCGUUUAUUUAUUUUUAUUUUAUUAUUCUCCAAAAUGUUUCCUAUCAACAGCCAGUAUUGUAUUUCUAUACAACAUUUAUGGGUGGACAAAACACAAAAAAAAAAUACAACAUUUAUGAAAUAAGUCAUUUCACAUCAUUUUAUUUCACAAAAUAUCAGUUCAGUUACAUUAUAAAUAUUCGUCUUCUUAAAAAAGCUGGUGUUUUAACAGGAGUAGUCUAGUCCAUUAAUGUUUGCUAUAGUUCUUUCAACAUUUUGACUUGACGAAUUGUUUGUACUCAUCAAUGUCAUCCAGAUAAGUACGGCAAAGCAGGCAAAAGGCCAAAUUUGAUUACAUAUUUUUGUCUUUUGCAAGAGAAAAAUAUAAAGAACUUGGUAUUUCAAAGAAAAUUGAUAUAGCCAAGUUAAAAUAUUUCAUUUUCUUGAUCUGUAGUAUCCACACGGACCACAUCCAAUAGUUGACUUGGUUGGAGUUUGGUACUUAUGUGCUGGCUAAUCUCUUUUCACUGAUCUUUUAUUGAUUAGGGUUUUUUUUUAUUAGAGUUUCUUAUACAAUAAUAACACAAGAAACUCAGAAAAAACUUACUUGUUAGUUUAGAAAAUCAGAAAACAUUAUGCGUCACAAACGUAUGGACGCAGGAUUCUAAAGUUAUUAUUUCUUUGAACUUUCUUAGAAAACGAAGACCAAAACACAUUUAAACUAAACAAAGUGUGGAUUAAAAAAAACGAAGUACGCAACAAUAUAUAUAACUAAAGUUAUUACUAUGCAUUGUGUGGAUGAUUAAUAGAUGUCUGGCUGAUUAAUAGAGUUUAGUAUUUAGACACAAGUGAGCAAUAUAAUUAGUAUUUUUAUUAUUUUAGUGAUCAGGCGAUAUAUAAAUAUGUAAUAUCAACCAAUUUCAUGGAAAAUGUUAAUUUGAAUCAUACAUUUCAUUCGCACUUCUGAUUAUUUAAAUAUCAUAAUCUGAAAAGUCUUCAUUCGUUUUUGCCAUUUGUACAUUUCUAUGAAACUUCCACCACUCAAAAUACUAAUUAAUUGUUUGUUAAGAGAUUUCAAUAUAAGCUUUUAAAAUAGUUUUAUUAUUAGAUCAUUCAUCGGAUAACAAUCUUUAGAACUCUUUUUGGACAUGAUUUUGUUAUCUGUAUUUACAAAUAAUAUAUUGAUAUCCAAAACAAUGAUAUUUGAUGGAUACUACUGACUUUGGGGAUACGACCUGCCAAACCGAAUAACAUUCUUGUUAUCUUUAUAAUACAAGAAAAUUUACAUUUGUCAAAAUGGUGUAAAUGAUAUUUAAAGUUUUUACAAAAAAAAAAUUAAAAACAUCGUGAAAUAAAGAUUGCAAAUAUCUACAUACUUAAUUAUUUGUCCUUUAUAAACUCUUAAGAUUGGAGAGAUACACACAACAAGCCAAAAUACGACUUAUCUUUCUAAUAAUAGAGGAUCUAAUUAACAAAAUAGCUGACAUGAAUCCAAGAUUCCGAAAAAAUGUUGAUAAGAAACAAAGUAUAUUAGGGAGUGAUUGGCUAGAGCCGGUUUCCUUUUAGUCAACGCUUCUAAUGGUGGGAUAUGAAAACGCAUUUUUCUGCGUUAGCGUUUACAAGUAUAUAGUCAAUAUAAUUGUACAUAGUCUUAUAAUCGAGCUAAUCACGUUAUCGUCCCUAUCUAUGAUAUUUAAAUUAUCAUUAAAACUUGUCUAUGAUGUUUCGUUUUUUAUCUAUGUAUAUGUGUGGACAGGCAACUAAGACAGUUCAUAUGCAAUCGUGGUGUGAACAAACACAUUCUAAUAAAUUAUCUAAUCUUUUCUUUUAAAGGUGGCUGCAUGUAAAUAAAUUCUAAGCAAUUAAUAUGUUAUACAAGCAAAGUGUACAAAAAGUUACGAGAGCUUUUUCUGUUUGUAAAAUCAAAUUUAAUUGAAAAAAAUGAAUUUAUUUGAAAAUACUAGGUCUGGAUAUUUCAAUUUUGAGAUGUAUUACCCAAUAUGAUCUAUAUUCUUCUUGAAUUUUAUGUUCCACCAUAUCCAAUGCAUGUUGAAAUAUUUACAGGUUUGAAAUAAUUAAUUCCAGUGAGAAACGAAAUAUAUCAUGUAUGACUGAGAUAAUAUCCGAUUUUACUGUCCUAUGUUUUAUUGAGUAUACUAUGAAUAUUUUUUUUUAAAUAUGAAUUAUUACAUUUAUGAUAUCCUUAUCUCUCUCAUCAUAUUUGGUGACAUUCAGCUAUAAAUAUAUAGGUGUGUGGUGUGUGUAUAUAUUAUUAAGGUCGUCUUAGCUCUGUGAAACUUGUAAGGUCUCCUCUUUCUCUAUCUAUCUCCCCUCUUACUCUUUCUGCUAUCACCAUGGAAACUCAAGCUCCUGCUGAAGAUUCAUACGAUAAACUUGUGGAAGAGAAAAGAGCAAGAGAGAAAGAAAUCGACGCUUGGCUUCCGAUUACAUCAUCAAGAAAUGCAAAGUGGUGGUACUCUGCGUUUCACAAUGUCACAGCUAUGGUUGGAGCCGGUGUUCUUAGCCUCCCUUAUGCCAUGGCUCAGCUUGGCUGGGGACCGGGUGUGGUGAUUCUAAUUUUAUCAUGGAUCAUAACACUAUACACACUAUGGCAAAUGGUGGAGAUGCACGAGAUGGUUCCAGGAAAACGUUUUGACCGUUACCACGAGCUUGGACAACACGCGUUUGGAGAGAAGCUUGGACUCUACAUAGUCGUUCCGCAACAGCUAAUCGUGGAAGUCGGCGUUUGCAUCGUGUAUAUGGUCACAGGAGGAAAGUCUUUGAAGAAGUUUCAUGAUCUCGUCUGCAAGGAUUGUAAAUCGAUUAAACUCACUUACUUCAUCAUGAUCUUUGCAUCCGUACACUUCGUCCUGUCUCAUCUUCCUAACUUCAACUCUAUCUCUGGAGUCUCUCUUGCUGCCGCCGUGAUGUCUCUCAGCUACUCCACAAUAGCAUGGUCAGCCUCAGCCGCUAAAGGCGUUAAAGAAAACGUUGAGUACGGUUACAAAGCAAAAUCCACAGCAGGAACGGUAUUCAACUUCUUCAGUGCGUUAGGAGAAGUAGCGUUUGCUUACGCAGGACACAACGUUGUCCUAGAGAUCCAAGCCACGAUCCCAUCAACGCCUGAGAAGCCCUCGAAAGGACCGAUGUGGAAAGGAGUCGUGGUUGCUUACAUUGUCGUUGCGCUUUGUUACUUCCCCGUCGCACUUGUUGGUUACUGGAUGUUCGGUAACUCUGUUGAUGACAACAUUCUUGAAACACUCGAGAAACCGGCUUGGUUAAUCGCAACUGCAAACAUGUUCGUUGUGAUACAUGUCAUCGGUAGCUACCAGAUAUAUGCAAUGCCUGUUUUUGAUAUGAUGGAGACUCUAUUGGUUAAGAAGAUGAAUUUCAGACCGAGCUGGUAUCUCCGGUUCGUUGUCCGUAAUUUCUACGUUGCCGCAACAAUGUUUGUCGGUAUGACGUUUCCGUUUUUUGGCGGCCUAUUGGCGUUUUUUGGUGGAUUUGCGUUUGCUCCGACAACAUAUUUCCUUCCUUGCGUAAUGUGGCUUGCCAUAUACAAACCAAGGAGAUACAGCUUGUCUUGGUGGACCAACUGGAUAUGCAUUGCAUUUGGCGUUUGCUUGAUGGUUCUAUCGCCGAUUGGAGGGCUAAGGACAAUCAUUAUCCAAGCUAAGGACUACAAGUUCUACUCGUAAAUUACAAUACAAUUUAAAUUUGGAUCACAUAUAUGGUCUCUGAUACAUAUAAAAUGUAGUAGCAUUUGAAGCUUUAAAGUUUGUUUACAAAGUUUAAAUUACAUGUUUGAUUUGAAUUCUCACAAUGUUUGUUUUUUGAGUAUUUUUGAUUCGUUUCUAUUUGAAAAAAAAAAAAUUCUCAAAAGACCUU